UGCUUCUCUUUACACUGAGGGAGACACCAGCAGUCCUCUUAACUUCCUUACCACAAAGAACGAUUUUGAAACGAUGAUGAGGGCCCAGAGCUGGGUGUUGGUGUCUUUACUGCUGCUCUUGGAGGUUCUGUGUUCUAGGGUUGAUGCCAGCAAUCCAGGAAUCGUGGCCAGGAUCACCCAAAAGGGCCUGAAUUAUGCUUGUGCCAAGUCAGUGACCAGCUUGGAAAAGGAACUGUUGACGAUCACUCUACCUGAUUUUAAAGGGGAUUUUAAGAUUAAACAUUUUGGACGUGGAGAGUAUCAUUUCAAGAGCCUUAAUGUACAAAGCGUUGAGCUAAAGAACUCCAAACUGGACCUGGUGCCUGGUGAAGGCCUAAAGGCAUCUAUCUCCAAUGCCUUUAUCCAUGUGCACGGGGAUUGGAAAGCACGCAAGUCUAUUCUGAAAGUAAGUGGUUCCUUUGAUCUGCAAGUUAAAGGUAUUUCCAUUUCAGUAUCUCUGGGAUUGAGCAGUGAUAGUUCUGGGAGACCCACAGUCACCAGUAAACAAUGUAGCAGCCACAUUGCUGAUGUUGAUCUCGACGUUUCUGGAAAAAUUGGGUGGUUGCUGAACCUCUUCCAAAACCAUAUUGAGUCGAAGUUUAGAAGGGUCUUGCAAGAUAAGAUCUGCGAGAUAGUCAAGAAGUCAGUUGCUUCAGACCUCCAACCCUAUCUUCACAGUCUCCCAGUCAUAGUCAAGAUUGACAACAUUGCCGGCAUGGAUUAUGCCCUGGUUGGGCCACCCCAGGCCACAUGUUACAGUUUGGACACACCCUUUAAGGGUGAGUUUUUCAGGCAAAGUCAUCAAUCCCCUGUUCCCUUUGAACCUCCUGCUAUGAACCUCCCUGAAGACCACGACCUCAUGGUUUACUUUGGAAUUUCUGAUAGCGUCUUCAAUACUGCUAGUCAAGUUUACUGGGAGGCAGGGACCUUGAACUACACCAUCACAGAUGACAUGAUCCCAUCCAGUUUCCGAAUCCGACUGAUCACCUCCUCUUUCCGAGCUCUGGUCCCUCAGUUGGGCAAGCUGUAUCCCAAUAUGCCAAUGGAACUUCAGGUAACGACAUCUUCUCCUCCUGUCAUGGUCUUCAGUCCAGGAAAUGUGACCUUGACACCAGUGAUGGACCUCCAGGCCUUUGUCGUCCAACCCAAUUCCCUCCGGGUGCCUCUCUUCUUGCUCAGUGUGACAACCACCGUCUGGGCCACCAUAGGUGUGAAUGGCAACAGAAUUGUGUCCUCUGUGACCCCCGGAAGUUCACUUACCAUGGAACUAAAGCACUCAGACAUUGGCCCAAUCAAUGUACCCUUAAUCCAGGCAAUCCUGAAUUACUAUGCUAUGAGCACCCUGUUACCUGCUGUCAAUGAAAAUCUGGAGAUAGGUUUUCCUCUCCCUUUGCCAAGAAAUAUUCAACUGCAGGACCUCCUUGUUCAACCUUAUCAGGACUUUCUGCUUUUGGGAGCCAAUGUUCUGUACACUAAAAACUGAAGAGGGAGAGGACUGACAAGUAGGAGUCACAGAUGGAGAGGGGAAGGUUGCUUUUCUGCAGCCAAGGCUUCAUUUCUGGUAAAGAAUUGAAGGCCACAGCUGGGCUCCCUCUCCCAUCAUCUGGGUCUCUCUAGUUCUGUUCUGUGGCAUGGAUCUGCUGAAGAUAGAUGUGUCACUUUGGGGCUCAGCCUGUGGACUCCAAGCUCUGGUCCCUCUUAGCACUGCCAUGCCCUUCUCUGUUUGAAUUGGCUUUUUCUCCAUGACUACCAGCUUCUCCUGGAGUUUGCCUACUGUUUGCAUUUUGGUUCUACUCCCCUCUCUCCUUCUAAGCCCAUGUACUCUUCCUCUUUCCUUGUGGAUAUCCAAUAAAUCCUCCCCCUACUCACAAAUGACUCCAUAAAA